GACGCACGUGUUACUCAGCGAAAAGAGUACCUGGGUACCUGCCCCAAAGCUGGAAUAAUUUUUACUCGGGGACGAAACAAUCGGACCUCAUCUCUCAUCGUUGCCGAACGCCGCCCUCUUCACUUCUCGAUCCCCCCGUACGACGUAACCGAGCACGAUACCCAUUUCCCAAACAGCUCCUACGAGGCCUUGUAUCGGCAAUUAUAACCAAUAAAUAAGCGCCACCGACAAUCGAGAACCAGCCUGCCGCCCGCGACCGCGACCGACAGGCAGAGAGAUCCCGCCUCUCCCCCACCACACCACCUCCGUAAUUCCAGAGCUGCAGCCCGACCUGCGGCGGCCACGAGAUGGAUCACACCCGAGACCCCUGCCCGUGGGUCAUCCUCAAUGACUUCGGCGGCGCAUUUGCCAUGGGCGCUAUCGGCGGGACUAUAUGGCACGGCAUCAAGGGGUUCCGGAACAGUCCGCUGGGCGAGAGGAGGAUAGGCGCCAUCACAGCCAUCAAGGCGCGCGCGCCCGUGCUCGGCGGAAACUUCGGUGUGUGGGGUGGCCUUUUCUCGACGUUCGACUGCGCCGUCAAGGGCGUGCGGCGGAAGGAGGACCCGUACAACGCCAUCAUCGCCGGCUUCUUCACCGGCGGCGCGCUCGCCAUCCGCGGCGGCUACAAGGCCGCGCGGAACGGCGCCAUCGGCUGCGCCGUCCUGAUAGCCGUCAUCGAGGGCGUCGGCAUAGGCUUCCAGCGCAUGCUCGCCAGCUCGACGAAGCUCGAGGUACCGCAACCGCCGCCGGCUCCCGAGAAAGCGUUCGCAUAAGUCCUCCGGCAAACCGAGAACAAACGCACAUCCACUCUACUCAUCCCCGGUCUAUCGUUUUGACCGGCUUCUUGUACUUUCGAUAACGGGUCUCACGACGGUAUUCUCAUCCUCGUGCGUAUAGUGCAGAGGUUGUAUGUAAAAUAGACGGAUCUUGCCAUUAUUAGGACGGGUUACCAUGACCAAACCCCGCUGCGUUAGGCCACGAGCGCAUCCCGAAACAAAUACACAAUUCACAGCAUCAUGUUGAC